AGCUUUUAAUUAAUACCUAAAAGAUGGGCGAACGAAAAGGUCAAAACAAGUACUACCCGCCUGACUAUGACCCGAAGAAGGGCGGCCUCAAUAAAUUCCAGGGCACCCAUGCCCUGCGGGAACGUGCCCGUAAGAUUCAUCUGGGGAUCAUCAUCAUCCGCUUUGAGAUGCCCUACAACAUCUGGUGCGAUGGAUGCAAGAACCACAUCGGUAUGGGUGUGCGCUACAAUGCUGAGAAGACCAAGGUGGGAAUGUACUACACUACGCCUGUUUUCAAGUUUCGAAUGAAGUGCCACUUGUGCGACAAUCAUUUCGAGAUUCAGACUGAUCCUGGCAAUCUGGACUAUGUUAUACUCUCUGGUGCAAGACGGCAGGAGAAUCGCUGGGAUCCCCUGCAGAACGAGCAGGUUGUCCCUGAAUCCAAGGAAGUCCAGAAGCGACUCUUUGACGAUGCUAUGUACAAGCUGGAACACCAAGCAAAGGAUGCCAAGGCAGGAGCAGAUGCCAAGCCGGUGCUUCAGAAGCUUGUGGAGCGGAAUAUGAGUGUUUGGGAUGACAGUUACAUGGCCAAUUGUCGCCUUCGAGCUGAAUUCCGUCAGCAGAAGCAAGAGAUUAAGGGUCAGCAGGAACAAGACCGCAAGUUAUUGGCCAAGAGCAGUCUGGACAUUGCCCUCCUGCCGGAAACUAGUCAGGAUAGAGAAAUGGCAGCCUUGAUGAAACUGCAGACCAGGUCGGCUCUGGAAAGGGAAUCUGAACAGCGGUUGGAGCUGCUAAUGCGUCCAGCACUGCCAGGAGCAACAACCACGACAUUCGGUGGCCUCAAGCGGCAAAAAGCACUAAAUAGCCAGCUCCAACUUCAAGAUCUGGGUAUCCGACGCAGGAAGCUUGACAAAACUGAAACCGAUAAAGCCUCAAACACAAAAUCCCCUAGCUUGGUGGGGGAUUACUCCUCAUCAGAUAAUGACUCCAACGGAUGA